AUGUAUCAGGCAACAUUUUCACACCAUGCAUAUUACCUCCGUGCCGUUGAUGUCAUGCGUGGCGCCGCAGAUUUCAGAGAUAGGCGGCAAUGGGAUCAUUCUCAGGAAUUGGGCGGAGGAGUGCUUUAUGAUUCUUCUUUGUCCGUGAUCAACCGCUCUUCGCUUCUCUGUUCCGGUUCCGUAAAUAUGCGAGCUCGUUCAGCGAUUACACUUUCCGUUCCACGAAUUCACCUAUUGUUACGGUUUAUGCUUGGAGUACUUCUUGUUUCAUUAUCUAUUACUACAUCACUUCUUUCCAUUACAGUCUUUUUGCUACGUGAACGUUUUUCACAACCUUGGCGUAAUUUACGUGAUAGCAUCGCUAGUGAUGAAGAUAGCUUCUCGUGUAAAUUGCAUGUAUCCAAUCUGCAACGACCCGAGGAAUUUACAGUACGAAAUCUUACCAGCAAAUCAUUGAUAAUAAUACGAUCUGUGCUGCUGCUUCAACAUCGCAGAUUAAAUUUCCCUGAAUCAACUGCUGCUUUACAUCAGAUUGACUUGAAGCAAACUUUAUGUCCGGUGGUAAGACAUAUUGAAAGUGACAAUUGUCCGUGGGAUUGGGCACCAGGAUGUGCGUGGUCAUCGUUUAUUGCAACCGCAAGAUUGGAUUUUGUCCCCAAUCGCAUUCUUGCAACGGAAAAUGAUUUCAAAUUAACAGUAAGUAAGAAAUGGGAUGAAUUUUGGGCUAUAAUGAUUCGGAAAGAUACUGCCAAGAGUAGGAUCAGGUAUGUCGAUUGGCUUCAAGUAAUUGAAUUCAUUGAAAUAUGGACAUCUCAAGGCGUUAAUCAUUUUUUCUUUUAUUUUUAUACCGUUUCACAACUUGUCAUGGAUAUAUUACAGUAUUAUGAGGCGAAAGGAACUGUAACAUUACUACCAUGGCGAUCAUUUCCUGUUGGAGAGAAUGAAAACCCUAACAGAGAUGUAUAUAGAUUAGCACAUAGUCUCGCAAACAACGAUUGUUUAUGGCGUUCAUACGGUGCCCAUUUUGUUGCAUUCGUUGAUUUGGAUGAAUAUAUUCUCACUGCUAAUGGUAUGCCGCUCAUUAAUUUUAUUAAGAGAAAAGCGGAAUUAUGUCCAAAAUGUGGAAGUUUUGCUGUUAUGCAUAGCAAAAUGUAUUAUUCUUCGCCUCGACCUCAAAAUGAUUUCCAUUGGCGUGAUAUAAGAUUUGAAUGGUUAACUAAUAUAAGUUAUGGAUUGCCUGAAGCAAAUGGACCACAUAAACAAAUAGUACGACCGGAAACAGUUUCAGUUAUCUCCACACAUUCCACAAGAAGGAACUUUCCUGGUUAUAUCGAUGUUAGU